ACAAUGCAUACUAAUUAAGGUUGACGACGGACUUAUGCAAUUAUGCAUAGAUAGAUUUUAGAGUUGUUAAGUUCUUUUUUACUUUAUCAAGUCUAUAUUUGACUCUUUUUUUAUUUCAGGAAGCAGAGCAUAAUUUAAGAAAUGUUGACUGCAUGACACUAAAAAAGUUAUACUACGCCUCUAUUAGUGCCACAAAUAUAAAUAAGUGAGCACGGGAGUGCCUGAAAAUGUAGGUUAUGUUCAAAAUGGAUUCAUCAAUAAGUCAACGAAUAUGAUUGAUGUUGAUGUCCUUGAGACUAUCUAAAAUUUCAACAGUAUUUUCAUUUUAAACAAUUAUUCUAAAAAAAUACUUCAUUAUUAAGUAUUUUUAUUUUAAAUAUCAUAUUGUAGGUUUAAAAUUUCAGUAAACAUAUGAUCCCUAUAAAUAACCAAUACACCAACAAUAAUCUUACAGUGAAACUCAUUUGUAAUUAUACAAAGUUGUUAAUAUUUAAAAUAUUUUUUGCUAAAUUUACAGGGUCAUCAAAUUAUAAAAAAAAUACAUAUUUAGAAAAACUGAAUGAAUAAUUAUUUUACAUUACCAAUAAUAUAAUGAAUUUGUUUAUAGUUGCUUCUAGUCUUAUAAUCAUAUUAUGUUGCCAAAUUUUUAUUGAGGCUAGUAGUUUUGAGCCCCAAAAUGGAUGUUUUAACUAUGGUUGUUAUGGGUGUCAGAACCAGAAAAAACUUUUAAGCGGAACUUGUAAUGGAUGUCUAUCUUGCUUGUCUGGAAACCAGGCCGGAGGAGCCUCAUCUUUCUCUGAGAGAUCUGCAAUACCUUCUUAUAUUUCUACAGUAAACCAAAUUCCUUUGUACCCUUAUUAUAUUAGUGGCAAUAAUUACGGGCCAAAUGGUUAUGGUUUGUGUAGCUACGGUAGUUAUAGUUCUAUUGAUGGAUGUAAAUUUAAUAUGAUUAGUAAAGAUCUUUUACCAAAAAAACCGCAAUUAUCCAACAAAAUAAUAUCUAAAAGAUUACUUCAGAAGUUGAAUAAACUCGAUGGAUAUGGUGGUAGAUACCAACAAGGGAUGACUCCUUAUUAUGAUCAGUCUAGUGUACAAAUAUAAUCAUAAAUAUUAUAAAAUUUUUAUAAUAUUUGAUAUAAUAAUAUUUAUUAAGUAUAAAUAUUAUUGUGAAAUUAAAUUACAAAAAGGAGAAUGCUUAAAACAUUCCGUUAAAAAUUGUAUGAAAAGAAAAACACAAAAAUAGUUUUUCAUACAAAACAAAUCUAUCAAUAAAAUUAGGAACAGCAUUGUGUCACAUAAAAUAAGUAAAAUUAUAUAUUAAUAUCAA